CACAUGCUUAAGUUGGUUAUUUUCACCUUAUUCUUGAUUACAAUUUCAGCUAGAUUAGACCAAUAAGACCCUGCAGUUGGUAAGAAAAAUACAAGUUCAAACAAAUAAGAAAGCGAUGUUAUGAAAUAUAGAAGAGCUGCAGCCAUGGCCAAAGAAGAAUUCUAAGGUAUUGAACUGUAUUUAACAUGUUUAGAACUAUGUGGACUCAAUGGUUUUGUGUGGAAAUAGACAACAUAAGUCGAUACAUAAGUCGUUUCUGGAUUCAACUACAGCAUUUAUGGUAAGGUUUAGAAAGGCGAUUAAACCAGAACUGUUAAGGUUUCAUUCUACAUACCAGCUGGAUAAGAUUCAAGAAUUAAAGCUACCGGUUGCAGCAUUGUUGCUUGAAUAAAAUCAAAAUAUAUUUUAAUAAUGCCUUAUUCAUUUACAC